AUGCAGCGCCCUUCUCUCCGCCUCCUCACUAAGCUCGCCGCCGCCGCCGUCACCGGCGCCGCGGCGCUCCUCGCCUUCCGGCGGCAAAAUCAGGACGAGGCCGUCGUCUCCCUCCGCCGCGAGAUCCGUGACGCCCUCCUCCUCAUCCGCCGCGACAACGGCUGCCCCACCGCCGUCCCCCCGGCGGUCCUCGUCACCGGGUUCCGGGCCCAUGGCAAGAGCUCGUUUGUGAACACGGCGUGCCGAGCCCUGGCCGGCGAGACAGGGCCCCUGCUCCUCAGGACGGAGACUGCGCCGCCGGGCCCCCGCUCCGCCACCAUUGCCCGCCGCGUGGUCCGGGCGAAGGUGGCAGCGGGAGAGGGGGAGGAGCAGGAGGAGGACGCGGUGGUGGAGCUGGUGGACGCGCCGGCGCUGCCGGAGGCAGUUAGGCUGACGAGGGGCGACGUGGAGGCGGCGCUGGUGGGCGGCAAGGGAGGAGAUGGGGCGGCGCCCGCGCCGGAGUGCGUGGUUCUGGUACUUCGCUGCGGCGGGCCGGCGAAGGAGCGGAAUCUGGCUGUCAGGAAGCUGCCCGAUAUCGCUAGCGCCGUCCGCGAACGAGGCUUAAAUUUGGUAGUUGUAUUAACCCAUAAGAAAGCUAUACAAAAUACACAAGAAGCUGAAGAGCUCCGUCGUGAGGUUGCCUUCAAGGCAAGAACUGAUUGUGUUUAUUUCAUAGAGAACUACACGUCAAGCAACAUGCUUAAUAUUAGGCAUCCCUCCAUUAUCAAGAAUGGCUUCGAGACACAUUUUACUGUGCUAACAAUCGUCAGGCAGUGCAUCGAGUUCAGCAAAUUAUAUCGAAGCCAUUCAUCCCAAAAAAGCUGUGUUGACAAGAACUAG